UGAAGCUCUUGGCAGUCACGAGCUUCCAUAACAACACUGCCCCAUGACAGCCAAUGACAGUGACAGUGACAUCCUGUGACGGACCGUCACUCAGUGACAGUGCUGAGUGACGUCCGACCUUGCUCCGGACCGGCUGGGUCGGUCGGUCGGUCCGGGCCGCUCGGGGCCGGUCGGACGGCCGUGCCGGCGGCGGGCCGGCUGUGACGUAGUGGCCGCGCGCUACGGCCCGGCCGGGGGCCGGAAAGCGUCCCGAUAGCACGGACCGCGGCGGCGGCGGCGGCGGCAGUGGCGGCAGUGGCAGUGUCGGCGAGUGGCGGCGGCGCGGCGGGCCGCUGUCAGCUGGACGCUCAGUGGAGUGACUGACGCGCAGGACCUGUGAGCGCUGGAGCUGUCAGCAUGAUACCGUGACAGCUCACUGAGGUGCCCCUCCAGCCGAUCAGCAGCAGGAGAAACGGACGGCGAUGACUGACAGGUGAGAGCGGCUGUGUUUUCGACGUGUCGCUCUGAUUUCACUCGCAUUAAUAUGCAUUUCAUCGCAUUCGGCGCUAAAGACGCCAUCGAGGAUGGUGCCUAACAAAUGCCUAGCGAAGAGGUGCCUAACAAAUACUGGUCCAUUUAUUCGAUGGAACAUCGUGACCCCUUGAACGGUAAAUGGAGAUGAUUACAUUUUGUGAAAUCGCCGUACCCAUGGUCAAGUGCAUCUAGGCUCCCACAUGUUACCAACUAAAUGCAUGUUCUAUGGCCGGGUUUUGCGCACUAGUAGCUCUGCCCUCUAACUAAAACAGGAUCAGUGAUCCUCACAGCUGCACCAGCUGCACCGGAGACACAUUCCGUCAGCUAAUGUAUGCAGUACCUACGACUGGUUUCAUCGCCACCUUUAUCGCAUCCGGUCCCGGCUGCCAGACUCGCCCUGACCUGUCAGUGAGGCCUCGAACAACCAAUGGCAGCCCUCGUGUCAUUGCACCAGUUCCUUUACCCCCUGCCAGUUUCCUCCAGCAUCAACUCUCUCUCUCUCUCUCUCUUUCUCUCUCUCUCUCUCUCCCUCUCUCUCUCUCUCUCUCUCUCUCUCUCUCUCUCUCUCUCUCCUCUCAUUCUUUCCCUUGCCCUAUAUCUCUCAUACCCCUAUCUCUUUUCUCGUACCCGCCCACCCUGCCCUCACUCUCUCCCUCCCAUCCCUCCUCCUCUCCCCCGCCCCCUUCCGGGCGCCCCGGAGGCGCGGCAGACGGCUCCGUUUAUGCGGUUGCGCGCCGCACACCUCAUUAGGCCCAUUGGGCGCAUUAUUUCGCCUCUGGCUCCGCCACUCUGCAGCCUGUUGGAGACGGCGGCUCCUCACCAGCGUGCACGACUUGCACUGCACUGAGCCAGCUCUGCUCCAGCUCUGCACAAGGCUCAGCCCUAGCUGAAACUCUACUAUAGCUCUCACUCUGUUUCAGCUCCCAUUCAUACUCCAGUCCUGGUCCUAGUUCUGGCUCAGUCCUAGCUCCAGUCCUAGUCCCACCCCAGCCCCAACCCAAGUCCCAGUCCCAGUUAUAGCUCCAGUCCAAGCUCCAGCGCACGCCGCGCUGGCUGGUGGAAAGCCGUUCAGUCGGGCGGUGAGCUGACAGUGGUCCGGGGGCGCGCUGGCGUCACUCGGCUGGCGUUUCCGGGGCCGGUCCGACCGAGUCAUCGUCGCCGUCUGCGUCAGUGACGUCAGUGACGUCGGUGACGUCGGCUCGGUGGCGACGGCGGCGCUAUCGGCGGCGUCACAGGGCGCCGUGAGCUCGAUAAGCGGCUCGACUCCGUCCGUCCGUCCGCCCGGCUGAGCUUGGCGGUACGAUAACCGACACCGCCGCGCUGCGCGGCUGGCCGGUCCCGGGCCCGCUGAGGUCACCGCCGGCGGCCGCCGACACCCAGAGCCGGCCCAUGACCGAGCGAGAGCGCUACCUGGCCAAAAAGUACAUCAGCCUCAUCCUGGGACGCACUGAAAAGGACAUUUCUGAGACGUCGACCGUGUUUAACGGCAACCACGAGUCGGAGAUGGAGUCCUCUGACAUCACAGACGUCUCCUCAAUGACAUCGUCCCUGAGCCCCUCCUCGGCACUGCUGCCGGACACCCACCCGGGCGUGGUGCGCGGUCCGAACGAGCCGCGCGCCGCCCAGCCACCGUCACCGCCGCUCUUCUGCGCCGAGCUGGAGGAGAUCCGCGUCUCUCCGGCCGUCAGUCGCCGCGGGCCCCUGCAGGUCUACGAGGAGCACACGCAGACCUGGCUCAAACGCUGGCUGGUGGUGCGUAGGCCGUACGUCUUCGUCUACCGCGACGCCAAGGACUCGGUGGAGAGGAGCCUCAUCAACCUGGCCAGGUCGCAGAUCGAAUACAGCGACGAAGACCCGCACGACACCCCGCACUCCUUCAGAGUGGUGACGCAGCACCGGACGUACCUGCUCCGGUCGGUGGCCAAGGAGCCCGCCAGUGACCUCUACGAGUGGCUCUAUGCCAUGAACCCCCUGCUGGCUGGACAGAUCAGAUCGACGCAGAGUCGGCGCCGGCACAUCUCUGGAGGCCGCAGUUUGUCCGUUUGCCACUGAGUCGUCUGGCUGACCAGGGACGGACCAGACGGACCGGGACGGACCACCGGUCUGGGGGGUGCCGCCUCAGCCGCGCGACAUGACGUCCUCGCGGCUGACAGUGACACACCGCCGGCAGUGAACAGCCUAGCCCCGAACCAGGACGCCUUCCCGUGACCCCGGCAGGUCGAAAUGCCAGCGUUCACAGUGGAGGGAGCGCAGCCAAAGCGUGUCCAACCGAGAUCCGACCUGCCCACCGCGCGCCUCCUAGUGUUUUGUGCUUUUCUCCGCGCUCGCCGCUCGAUAGUAGCUGUUGGAUGCCAUUAACCCGAGUGAGUGCGUCAUGGACGUCCCCAAAGACAGAGUUAAGAGAGGAUUAGUAUUAGAGUCAUUGUCCCUGUCCAAUCAGCACAGCUCUGCGGCAACUGUAGAUGUGAGAUGCCAAGGUUCACCCUUCAGCCCCGGCGAAACCCGGCAGGAUGGCGGUCUGCUGGGUGGUCGGUCGCGUGUGUGAGGCUUAUCCGCUUUUGACGGUGUUCUCCGAUUUUGCCUUACGCUUUGUGUCACGCAGGCUGAUUGAUGCUGGUCUCGGGCGCGUUGGGGCGGUGUGGCAGACUGGCGUAGUGGGUGAACAAUCCUCGCGGUGGAUGUUGAUACUUGUGCAGCUACUGAGUCGCCACGGCUCGACAGAGGCGACUUCUCAGUGAUUCUGGCAAUCAGUAUACCGCCUUCGCUGUCUCUGUAUGUUCGGCGCAGUGAGCCCCUCGGGGCUGUUCCUGGAUAGGGUGCAUGUACCGCGUGGCGACCACUGCAUGUGCACCUCACUGGUGAUGCGGUAUGCGUGUGCUGAUCUCAAGGCGCGACGGGGGGAGAAUGUUGGCACGAUGCAAGUACCAUGGUUGUGAUCGCGGGGCGUGAUACGACGGCCGUUUUCGGCGCGUCGAGCGGUGAUAACGAGACAUAUGCUUGGGCACAGCACAAAUGUAGGUAGCGACACUAACGUCGGGUGCAAGUGGAGGUGAGAUUAUCCACAUCUGUCCCAAAGGGGUGUAACGAAUUCUAGUCAUUAAGCAGGCGUUCUAGUCAUUGAAAAUGAACGGUUGUUCAUUAUUAUAUUCAAACGAAUUAUCUUCGAGUCACUUGCUGUGAAUAGGCGAUCCGAGUCAAUUCUUACCUAAAUGCGUGAAGCCUGACCCUAUGCGGAAGUAAUUCACAAAAUGACAACAUUCCUCAGCAGUCUGAUAUCUCCCUGGUUCGGAAACGGAAACAGAAGGAUCUGCGACCUCUAUUGAAUCGGUCUACCCACACGACCUCUAUCUACCCAUACGGCCAACAGUUUGGCUUGGACCUGUGCCACUACUGAUGGCGCCAGCCUCGACAGCUCCAGUCCAGGUCAAUUGCAUGUGCUUCAUCUGUUCUGAAAAGCCGAGCAUCAAACGAGGUGCCAAAUUGGAGCUCCGAGGCGCCGUGGGCGGUUGGCCGCUGGCAUACAGUGAUCUGAAUACAGAGCGGAGUGAGAGAACUUUGUUCGGAUGUGUGUAGUGACCAGUGGUGUUGGGGGGACUACACACAGUAGUUACAUCUUUCACUGUCCUAGCCGUCAUUCCAAGUAACCAUUAUAACAGCACUGAAAAUGAUCAUUCCAAGGGCAUCGAUCCAGUGGCGUACUUAAGCAUGUCAAAGUUCAUGGCCUCGAUGAAAAAUAUAUUAAUUCGCUUUGAAUUUUUGCCUGAAGUCCCGUUUAUGUCGCUUAGUGUACGUGAAUUGUGUACGUAUAACAUGACUUUUGACUAUGUUCCGAGGUGCUUUGUAAAUGAUUGUCUUUACUACCUACUCAUCGAACGAUCUGCCGGCAAUAGAUACACAAACACAAAUGUAUUAGUUAAAUGUGCCCUAUUUUAAAAUCAUUCGUCAUACCUACUAACUAUCUGCAAUCCGCAUUCAAAUCUAAUCAUUUUCAUGAACGUUUCAGCGGAUCAAGAUGUUAGGUUGAGCUGUUCUUACAUGCGAAUUCCCCCACGCCAUGAUGCUGUCUCAUUCUGCCAGUAUUUCUCGAUGGCGACUUGAAAAGCGACCUCUGACGACCAGGGCCCUGUUUCAAGGCUUGACGCUACCUAACGUUAGCGGCAUCGUGGUAUUGGGUUUCCAUGGAAACCCAUACCACGAUACCGGUAGCAACAGUUAGUGUCAAGUCGUGAAGCAGGGCCCAGAACGUUCUCUCUGUCAGUGUUCACAUAUGCCGUUUGUCGUCGGUGUUCUGUCUUCGGCGGCAAAGAGACCUGAAUAUUGUCCAUGUAUCCCGGCCCGUGUGGAAUAUAAACGGCUUGGCUAUGCCGCAAAUAUAUUCGUGGAAUUAGC